CCUGACACUCUUGUGGGUUUUGUUUUUUUUUCUUCACCCACAGUUUCACCCGACCCCCACAAACAUUCACUUUGUGCAAAUAGUACUCUGUGUGUCCCCACACUUUUAAAUGUCCUUUUGAAUCUAUUGUACUCUGAUCUAACUCGUGUCCCUCAGGUGGCAAUCCUAGUCCCGUUCAGGAACCGACACGAACACCUGCCCAUUCUCCUGAGACACCUGGUGCCGGUGCUGACAAGACAGAGACUCCAGUUUGCCUUUUAUUUCAUAGAGCAGGGGGGUACGGAGCCAUUCAACCGAGCCAUGUUGUUCAACGUGGGCUACAAGGAGGCUAUGAAGGACCUGGACUGGGACUGUCUGGUCUUCCACGAUGUGGACCACCUCAUGGAGAACGACAGGAACUACUACGGCUGCACGGACAUGCCCCGGCACUUUGCGGUUAAACUCGACAAGUAUUCCUACAUGCUUCCGUAUAAUGAGUUCUUCGGCGGUGUCAGUGGCCUGACGGUGAAGCAGUUCAAAAAGAUUAAUGGAUUUCCUAAUGCAUUCUGGGGCUGGGGAGGAGAGGACGAUGACCUCUGGAACAGGGUACGGUACGCCAACUACACAGUAAGUAGACCACACGGAGAGCAGGGACGCUACAUGUCAAUUCAUCAUCACCAUCGCGGGGAAGUCCAGUUCCUAGGAAGGUACAGUCUGCUACGCCACUCCAAGGAGAGACAGAGAGUGGACGGUCUCAACAACCUGAACUACUCCCCCCUAGUGUCCAGGAGGCCUCUCUACACCAACAUCACGGUCCGCCUGAGCAGAGAGCUGGCGCCCGUGGCCGACUACUGACGGCGGAACAGCUGGACUGCAGAACCCCUGGGAAUCAAAGUCCUCCGGGACGUCAGCCAUAUCUCACCAGUUGCAGCACUGCGCAGGACUUUUAGUUGAUUGAUUCUUUGCUUCGUUUCUUUUGUUUGUAUGCAAAAAAAAACAAAAAAAAGGAGACUCAAAUAAGUACGUUGGAUAAAUCAUCAGAAAUUAAGGAUAAAUGCUGCACUCGCUCGUGCCACACGGUCCAUCACUCUCAUCUGGGCGUAUCUAGUCUUCAGUCUCCACAUGCCUUUUGCACCAUUUUGGCCUUCAGCAUCCAUUCAUUCAUUCUCUCAUCCAGUGACAGAUUAGCUCAGCCCGACACUUACGUGCUUGUUUAUUAGAACACGCCACCACACACACACACACACAUAUUCAACCCAUGCACACACACACACUAGUUUGACUCACAUGUGCUGACCUGGUCCCCGAGGCUCUGAUUUUUUUUUAGCUUUGCUCUUGCACUUCUUAUUUUUCAUAAAUGCAGUCAAAGCAUGUGAAAACAUUUGCAUGUACACACACGACGCCGACGUGACGUUUAGCCGAGUGGACUCUCGCAGCUGGUUCUGCAGAAGGUUUACCAAAAUCUACAAGUGAAGACAAGGAAGAAGAAAAAGUGAUAUAAAGAGUGAGUGUUUUCAGUCACGUAUGCUGUUUGUGAAAUCCUAACUUCAGAGAAAAUAAUACCUUCAUCACCUCUUCACCAACUAUGUUAUGUCUUGUGAACGUACCAUUGAAGCAAAGACUGUGACGUUUGCAUAGUUGCAUCGGAUGUUCUGGCCGUGUGUUGGGAGAGCCGACGCUCAUCCUGUUAGCAAUAAGCUGGAAUCUCAGACGGCAGAACUUAGGCCCGACUUCCUCACUAUACAGAUGCAAUAGCGCGGGUGCUAGCACGCUCUUAUUGGACGACAGAGAAAAGAAGGAGCGACAGCGUAUGCAAACUUCACAAUCGACACACCUUUGCCUAAGCAAACGCGGCGCCCUCUUUAGUGUGUGUCUCUGUGUGUGUCUGUGUGUGUGUGUGUGUGUGUGUGUGUGUGUGUGUGAGCGCAUCAGCGAGGGAGAGCUAUGCAAAAGGCCUGUUGUCAGUGUGAGGUCUUCGGGGUUUCCUCCAGGAGGCUUCAGCCCUGCAACUGUGACUGACUCGACUUCAGACCCGCAUGCAAAUCCAGGCCAGGAAGAGACCAACGGUUUUAUUUUUAGAUCCCACGUCCUCUAUGUUUAAUCACCUCGAUUUUUUUUUUUGGAGAGAAUUGGAGGGAGAGAAUACUUGACUGCUGUCACUUGUGUUUACAGAAGCUUUUGCUUUGUUAUCUUUGUUUUUCUUCCCCUUCAGACCGUCUGGUGUUUGUAACACUGUUAGCCGGCCCUCCUCCACGGUGGGUGCUGUGAGAACUGUACCUGUUCAACAACAGGUACAGUACAGUAUCUAAAGCUGCCUUCAUUUAGAUGUUGUCUUAUCACAAGGACACUUCUUUCUCUAGACGUGGGGUCGGGGACGAAGCAGAUGUGAAGGCUUAUUUUACACGAUAGACCACCGAUAGCGUUGUUAGCAUCUGGCCGGUGAGUUUGUUUUGCGUAAAAUAAUUAAAUAAAUCAAACCAAGAGUAGAAUUUGCGGCCCGACACUGUGCAGCGACACAGACUAACAGCACUCGAGCAGUUAAAAAAUGUCCCCUCUCUGUGUGUGUUUGACAGUGUUGAUUUUGAGUAAAAUAUCCCAAUACUGUAAACGUAGUUCCUUGUCUUUUCUAACAGAGACGAGCAGGCUGUCCUGUAGUCAUCGCAGCUACUUUCAUUUCACACAAAUCGCCUUGUAUGCAUUUCUUAAGAUGGAAAUGAAAUGAGAAGUAAAGAGGCUGGACCUCGUUUUAUUUAUUUGAUCUUUUUAAUGGAUUCAUUUGUUUUGCGGUUCCUGUGAUGAUGUAGUGGGCGACAUACGACGGACUGUGUUG